AGGAUCGAACAUUUACCGAAUACGAUAUUGAAAAAAAUUCGACGCUUCAUUUGGCUCCUUGUCUUCUCGGUAGCGCAAAGAAAUGUAAGAAGAAGAAGACUUAUACCACUUUAAAUAAGAUCAAGCAUAAGAAGUCGACAGUUUUCUCAAGAGACUCUUCGGAUGGACUGGCUGUAGCUACCUUGGGCCUGAAAGUCGCCAGCAUUGAAAUACACUUAAUAGCAUUGCUUGUACCAACCAGAAUAUACGUCAAGCAGGUUAUGAAUAUUGUGAAGGGAGCUACAGUUAAAGGUUUAUCUCACAUCACCGGCAGUGGAUUUUAUGAUAACAUCCCAAGGAUUCUGCCCGAUGAAGUUGGCGUCGUGAUUGAUGCAAGACAAUGGAAAGUUUCCACAGUUUUUAAAUGGCUUGCGCGUGUUGGUAAUAUUCAACUAGUCCCAACGGAUGCAGUUGACAACAUUACUCAUCAAUUGCAAGGUCCUAACUGGGCUACAGUAUUCAAUAUCGGGAGGGUUAUAACCGCUAAAGCUACUUUCAUGCAUGCAGACGAGUACAAUGAGAUUCUUGGUAGAAUUUGUAUAAAUUUUAACAAGCAACGAACAUUUCAACAAGUAUUAACUCAUAAGAGUUAUAAACACGGAAGCGUUUCCACAAACGAACGAUUGACAUUUGUUGGAAAGAAGACACUUCGGUUAUACGGUGCUGAAUAUCUGCUGAAUAAAAUCCCAUCCAACGAGUUAUUAGAGACAGUGAAGGAAUUAAAGAUGAUGAUGCGCAGGAAUCUAUUGGAACACUCGGAUUAA